UCGGGCUGCCCCAUGCCCCAGCUCGAUCCCCGCGUCCUGGAGGUCUACAGGGGCGUCAGAGAGGUGCUGUCCAAAUACAGGAGCGGGAAACUCCCCAAGGCAUUUAAAAUCAUUCCUGCCUUGUCCAACUGGGAGCAGAUCCUCUACAUCACAGAGCCGGAGACAUGGACAGCAGCAGCCAUGUACCAAGCCACCAGGAUAUUUUCAUCUAACCUGAAAGAGAGGAUGGCCCAGCGGUUCUACAACCUGGUGCUGCUGCCACGGGUCAGGGAUGACAUCAGCGAGUAUAAGCGCCUCAAUUUUCACCUCUACAUGGCUUUGAAGAAGGCUCUGUUCAAGCCAGCAGCCUGGUUCAAAGGGAUCCUCAUCCCCCUGUGCGAGUCAGGGACCUGCACGCUGCGGGAGGCCAUCAUCAUCGGCAGCAUCCUCACCAAGUGCUCCAUCCCUGUGCUCCACUCCAGCGCGGCCAUGCUGAAGAUCGCUGAGAUGCAGUACAGCGGCGCCAACAGCAUUUUCCUACGGCUGCUCAUCGACAAGAAGUACGCCCUGCCCUUCCGCGUGGUGGAUGCCCUCGUCUUCCACUUCCUGGCCUUCCGCACGGACCAGCGGGUGCUGCCCGUGCUGUGGCACCAGAGCUUCCUGGCCUUUGCCCAGCGCUACAAGGAGGACCUCUCCUCGGAGCAGAAGGAGGCUUUGCUCGAGCUACUCAAGUUCCACAGCCAUCCGCAGAUCUCGCAGGAGAUCCGGAGAGAGCUGGUGAACUCCAAGACGCGGGAUGUGGAGGGGCAGCAGCCCGUGGCCAUGGAGUGA